AUGGAGAAGGCUGAAUUAAAUGCUCUGAAAUCUUACUCUACGAUCGAAAAUAACAAUUUUUGCCUAAAUAAGGGUGUGAUUCCCGAUUCAGAUGGCCCAGCCCGGGCUGGUUGCGCGAUUACUGGUACUCCUGGUAUCGGAAAGUCAUACUUUGGUCUAUAUCUCCUUUUUUAUAUUCGCUACAAUUAUCCUGAAGCUAUAAUAAUCUGGCAAUAUGACAAAAAAAUAUGCUAUCAAUUCUCAUCUGAUAGUAAUGUGCAAAACGGGUAUAUUUACCAGUUCGACGAGAUACUGAGGAAUUCAAAUAACUUCUUUCUAGUUGAUGCACAAGAAUUGACAUCUAAACGUAAGGCCUAUAUGAUCCUGCUCACGUCGCCGAAAGUGGAAAGAUUUAAUGAGGCUGUCAAAUGGCCGGGUUUUACUCAAUACUUCAUGCCAGUUUGGGAUCAAGAAGAAAUCAUCACGCUUUGGGCCCUUCAAUAUAAGG